CAUUCGUUUCCGGGUUAUGAUUUUGACAACAUCAACAUGUGUUUAAUGUUGUGUUUCUUAUAUACAGAAUCAUUGCAUACACGGAAAAUUGCUUUAACUCGAUUCUUGGAGCUCUACUCAACUUGAAAACUGUUUCGUACUUUCCGCGGCCUGCUCACCAAUGACUGUAAACCCAACAAUUCCUUUGAUACUGAAGUUGUCUGCUUCGCAGGUUCUGGAGUGGAAGAGGACUUUCAGCGUAAACCUGUUUCGUUUCUUCUGAGAAAUAAUGAAGCACAACAUAUGCAUGGUGUCUGACUUCUUCUACCCCAACAUGGGAGGAGUGGAGAGUCACAUAUACCAGCUGUCUCACUGCCUUCUGGAACGUGGACACAAAGUUAUUGUCAUCACCCAUCUCUAUGGCAACAGACGAGGUGUCCGGUAUCUUGCAAGUGGUUUAAAGGUGUACUACUUGCCGUUCCCCCCUUUCUACAACCAGUGCAUACUGCCAACAAUCUACACCACCUUCCCCCUGCUGAGGAAUAUAUUUAUAAGAGAAAAGAUUUCAAUAGUUCAUGGACAUUCUGCAUUCUCCACCUUGGCUCAUGAAGCCAUGCUCCAUGCACGUACACUGGGGCUCAAGACUGUGUUCACUGACCACUCGCUGUUUGGAUUCGCAGAUGCCAGCUCAAUUCUCACAAACAAAGUGCUCAAGUUUUCUCUAGCUGAUUGCAACCAUGUGAUAUGUGUCUCUAAUACCAGUAAAGAGAACACAGUGUUGAGAGCUUGGAUCAACCCAGAACUUGUGUUGAUUGUUGAUGCUAUCAACCCAGAACUUGUUUCAUACCUGUUUCUGCCUGAUCCAGCCAAGAGGACUCCGGAUAAAAUCACGGUGGUGGUGGUCAGUCGGCUGGUGUACAGGAAAGGCAUGGACUUCCUCGUGGACAUCAUCCCCCAGAUCACUGCCAGGCAUCCCAAUGUGCAGUUUAUCAUUGGGGGAGACGGACCAAAGCGUGUUGUCCUGGAAGAAGUGAGAGAGCAGUAUGAGCUUCACGACCGCGUCUUUCUUCUCGGAUCACUCAAACACGACCAAGUUCGGGAUGUUCUUGUUCAGGGGGAUAUAUUGCUGAAUACUUCCCUGACCGAAGCUUUCUGUAUUGCUAUAGUGGAGGCAGCAUGUUGUGGGCUCCAAGUUGUAAGUACAAGAGUCGGGGGUGUUGGGGAGGUGUUGCCCCCUGAUCUCAUCUACCUGGCUGAACCCAAUGUCAAAGGUCUGGUCGAGGAACUUGAAAAAGCAAUCAGGGACAAACAACUUGGCAGAGUUGUGUCCCCUUAUGAAGCACACAAGAGGAUAAAGGACCUUUACACAUGGCGCAAUGUUGCAAAGAGAACAGAGGUUGUUUACAAUGCAGUUAGCCAGAAACCAACACGAGACCUUCCUGAUCGUCUUUUGAGGUACUACCAGUGUGGCCCACUGUCAGGGAAGCUGUUUGUCAUUGCUGCUGUCCUGAAUGUAGCAGUCUUGUGGAUUCUGCAGUGGUUGUGGCCUGAUAAUACAAUAGAAACUGCUCCUGUAUUCUCCACACCUGUUCCAUGGAAGAAGACAAGAAGAUGACAUUGCAACCCAUCACUGUAAUAUUUAAGUGUACAUAUAACUUAUUACAUCAGGAUCUUUGACAAACUGGGUUGAGCAACAUAUGGUAGUGAAAUAAUCAAACUGAUUUCAGUCCUACACCCUGGCACACCUGCCAACAUCAACUCCAGAUGUGUAUGCCAUUUGGUAUAUAAGCAUUUAUUGCAAAUACCCAGUACUAUUAUAUAUUUUUAUGGAUUUGUUUCAUAAAAUAAAUUCAUAUUUUCCUAUA